GUUCACACUCUGAUAACAAAAAUAAUAUUGAUUAUUGGCUAUUGUGAUAUAUUUUUUUUUAAUUUUCACUUCUAGUUUAUAUUGAAAUUCAACAAUUUAUAUUUGAUUUUAUUAUAUAAUACACAAUGACCGUAUCCGAAUUAAAACUGUUAUUCGAACAAUUCGACAAAGAAGUAAAAACACCGACCGAAGAAAUAGUGAAAAAAAAAUACUAUUUUCCAUCGAAGCGACUAAAAGAAAUUUAUAUGCGUGUGUUGACUUGCACUAAUGUUCAAUGGUCGCAGUUGCAGAAAAUCCUGUCGGAUUACCUGGAAUAUUUGGAUUUUUGUUAUUAUUCGUGGGAAUGUUUUGCAUCAAUCGUUAAAGAAUUGGACACCGACAAAACCGACGUUUUCAUGUUUAUAAAUAUAUUGGGGUUGGUCCCGAUUCCUGGCUCUCGGGAAAAAAAACAAAAUUUAUUGUUUCAAAAUCCUAGAAGAUCAAUUUUUAGGUACAACGUUGACGACAUCAAACGAUGGGUGACAACGGUUUGGGACGAAAUGAGACCGUUGACGAUUUCGAGCGUUAAAAUCAAAAGAGAAAUGUUAACCAUUUUAAUAGAAAAAAUGCUGGUCAAUUUGAGUGCGCCCGUUUUGACUGUGGAUUUUCUCAUGUCGGCAAUGGAUACUCCCGGACCGGUAGCUGUUUUAGGACUUCAAGGUAUUUUCAUUUUGGUGAAAGAUUAUAACUUGGAAUGUCCCAAUAUUUACGGCAAACUUUACAACUUCUUCACCACGGACAUAUUUCAUUAUCGUUAUAAAACGAGGUUGUUUUAUUUAGCCGAUAUUUUUCUCCGAUCUACGCAUUUGCCUGAGCUAUUGGUCGCUGCGUUCGUUAAACGCAUGUCAAGACUUUCGUUGGUUGCUCCGCCAACUGAUAUAAAAAUUAUGGCCGUGUUUAUCGGCAAUUUACUUAUAAGACAUCCGUCGUUAAAGGUCAUGUUUCAAGAUAAUUCUAUAGUUUCAUCAGACCCUUAUGUAUUUGAAGAAAAGGAUCCAACCAAAUCGAACGCAUUAAGCAGCUCGUUAUGGGAAUUGGUGUCCCUGAAACAGCAUGUUUUACCCAAAGUGUCAAAAUCUGUAACAUUUCUGUUCAAAAAGUUACCACAAACCGAAUGGGAUAUGAGUGAGCUUUUGGACGACUCGUACGAAAGUAUGAUUUCCGAAGAGUACAAAAGUGAAAUUCAAAAAGCUACAUUAACGUUCGAAAAACCUGUCUCCUACGCCGUACCGCUGUCGAAUCAUAUGGACGAACUUUGGUCGGUAGACUAAUUUUAAUUUAUUGUAAUUUUUUUUUUUAAUAAUUAAAAUUGAUUAAAUUAAAUAAAUGUAUUUUUUGUUA